AUGGUUAGUACUUCAUCAAACUUGGGGCCAAAUCUCACUUAUAACACAAAUACUGAGAAGGAUCUCAACUUCUACCUACCACUGUAUAAAGCUGCAAUCAAAGGAGAUUGGGAGAGUGCUAGUAUAUUAUUUAAUUCAAAUCCUGAAGCAGUCAAGGCCAGGAUCACAAAGAAUUUGGAGACGGUACUUCACAUUGCAGUAGGAAGAAGUGAAGCAAUUAAUUUUGUGGAGAAGUUAGUGGAAUUGAUGCCAGAUGAGGCAUUGCCUCUGACAAGUAAGUUUAGUGAGACUGCCCUACACUAUGCUGCCAAAUAUGGAAAUACCAAGGCAGCAAAUAUAUUAGUGACCCGAGAUCCAGGUUUACCUAACAUUUGGAGUGAUACCGACUUAUUACCUCUCCAUUUAGCAGCACUUUUUGGGCACAAGGAAGUGGUUUCGUUUCUAUUGACUGCUACCAAAUACAAUAUACAGCCAAACCCUUUUGCAGAUAAACCUGGAAUUACUCUCCUGAUGUCCAUAGUACACUCAGGAUUCUAUGAUGUGGCUCUGGAUCUUGUUCAGUGUUAUCCUAAGUUGGCUGUAACUAUAUCUCCAGGUGGCAACACUGCUUUGAGUAUUUUAGCUGGAAAGCCUUCAGCAUUUCUGAGUGGUUGUUCCUUAGGGUUUUGGCAGAAGUUCAUCUAUUCAUGUGUUCCUGUGAAGUUGGCUAAAAUCUCUUACCACCAGAAUAGAAAUGACAUUGAGAACCUUUCUGAGCCACCACCGAAGCACAUUGGUAUAUUCUACCAUGUUCUGAUUCAAAAAUUCGGAAAAGAUUAUCUACUUUUUGCAUGCCAGAAGUUGCAUAAGAAAUUCUGGGAAGUCAUACAAGCAAUAGUGCCGCGGGUUAAGCAUAUACAUGACACAAAGUUGAUGCAUUGCCAAGCAAUUGAACUUGUCAAGUUCUUAUGCAUGGAAAUUCCACACACAGAUAACUCUACAUCUGGCUCCAUAUAUAAACCAGCAGUCAUUAACGCAGCAACACUUGGACAUUAUGAAGUUUUGGAAGAAAUUUUGAAGGCAUUUCCUAGUGCAAUUUGGUCAUUAGAUAAGGAGCACCAUGAUUUGUUCCAAAUGGCUGUUAUUAACAGACGCGAAACUAUUUUCAAUCUCCUAUAUGAGUUGGAUGAGCAUGCACAUUUGGUGACGCAAAAUAUUGAUAAUCACGACAACAAUAUAUUGCACUUGGCCGGGAAGUUAGCACCUCCGCACCGCCUUAAUCUUGUAGCUGGUGCAGCUUUGCAGAUGCAAUGGGAGUUACAAUGGUAUAAGGAGGUUCAAAAAUUUGUGACACCAAGCUACAACGGGAAGGAAAAUUCUGAUAGGAAGAUACCUGCUAUGGUUUUUACUGAGGAACACAAGGAAUUGAGAGAAAAGGGAGAAGACUGGUUGAAAGAAACUGCAAAAUCUUGCACAUUUGCUGGAACUCUCAUUGCCACAGUUGUGUUCGCUGCGGCCAUAACUGUUCCAGGUGGUAGUAGUGGUGAGAGUGGAAUACCCAUCUUCGAAAAGGAAAGGCCUUUUAUUAUCUUUGCCAUUUCAAAUGCAGUCUCUUUAUUUACAUCUAUUACUUCUGUGUUGAUGUUCUUGUUCAUUCUCACUUCACGCUGUGCUGAAGCAGAUUUUCUACACACACUUCCAAAUAAGUUAAUCUUAGGUCUUCUUAAUCUGCUCCUUUCCUUGGCAACCAUGAUGAUUGCUUUCAGUGCCGCAAUUUAUAUUGUUUUCGGGCAUAAAAAUACCCGGAUCCUUAUUCCACUCAUUGUGUUAGCCUGCCUUCCAGUUACCUUGUUUUUGCCCUUACAAUUAUCUCUUCUAAAGGAUAUGAUCAGAUCAACAUAUGGCCCUGGAAUUUUUGGUAAGCGAAAAAAAUCCUUGUUUGAUAUAUCCGGGGCUAGAUGA